CCCCUUCAUGCUAAGAUCAUGUCCUGUAGGGAGUUUCUCAGAAUGAUGAAGAAAAAGGGAAGAGCAGCCUACGACCGCUUGGAUGAGAGGAUGGUGGCAUCAAAGGCGAGGUCUGGACUCAAACAAUACAUGAAGAACAAACCCACUAAAUGGGGCUACAAGCUUUUUGUCUUGGCAGACUCACUAAGUGGUUACAACUUUGCGUUCUUCAUGUAUGAGGUCCCAUACUUCUCAGGGACCUCCAUCUCUAAGAGGAUUUGGGCAUGUGGUACCAUUCGUCCAAACAGGAUCAGUUUCCCAAAGACAACCAUCAACAGAUUGCCGCGGAAUUCUCCACAAGGGUCCAUACAAUGGCUCAGAGAGGAAGGGCUGCUGUUGGUGGAAUGGAAAGACACCCAGGAAGUACUGAUGUGUUCUACAUUCCACAGAGUAUAUGCAGGUGACACAGUGCAAAAGAGGGUGAAGGACAAUGAUGGGCAGUGGUCCCAAGUGCAUGUACCUAUUCCAGGUGCUGUGCUGGACUACCAACAGGUUCAUGGGGGGAGUGGACCUGCCCGAUGCCCUCAUUGGAUAAUACAAAGUGCUCCACAAGACACGGAAAUGGUAUCGGACCUUCUUUUACCACUUUGUAGAUAUGGCUGUUGUCAAUGCCUUCAUUUUGCCUCAGCAUCUGGCCGGAGUAAAGAAGGAAAGACCCCUGACCCAGAAAGCAUUCAGGGAAACACUUGUUCUGGAACUUGCAGGCUUGGAAUGAGGCACAGCUGCUCCUCAGGCUUCAAAAGUCGACUGCCACAAUCCAAAGACGACAGCACUGUUGGAUGGAGAAAGUGCAAGCUUUGCCAUCAGAAGACACCAGUCAUGUGUGAAACCUGUGAGGUGUCACUGUGUCUUCUGCCAAAAUGGGACUGUUACAAUGUCUGGCAUGAGCAGGUGGCUUUGUUUUCCUGUUGGUUAGAAGACAAACCUUCUCAGUGACUGCCUUGAGUGUGUUCCUAUGCUUUGUAAACGUUGCUUUGGUUCUUCAGUA